AUGCCAUCCAGAAAACUACAGCACAGUCGCCAAUAUGAUCUCGUCCUAUUUGGGGCCACCGGUUAUACCGGUCUCUAUGCUGCAGAGUAUAUAGCGGGCUCCCUACCUACUGAUCUCAGCUGGGCUAUUGCGGGCCGAUCGCGGGGCAAGCUCGCAAAGAUAGCAACGGAUCUCAAGGCCCAGCAUCCUGACAGGAGCCAGCCCGCCCUGGAAGUGUGUUCUCUUGACGAUGAGAGCCUCGCGGCCCUCGCCAAAAAGACGGCCAUACUCAUGACGACGGUUGGCCCAUAUUGCGUAUAUGGCGAGCACGCGUUCAAGGCUUGCGCCGAGAAUGGAACGCACUAUCUGGAUGUCACCGGAGAGGUGCCUUGGGUCUUGAAAAUGAUCGAGAAAUACGAGGGUACGGCCAAAUCCAAUGGCGCGCUCAUGUUUCCCCAGAUCGGGAUCGAGUCGGCCCCAUCAGACCUCAUGGCGUUCUCGCUCGCUUCUAUCAUCAGGGAGAAGCUGGGCGCGCAAACCGGGACCGUCACACUGUCCUUCAAUAUGGACGCCGCGCCAUCUGGGGGCACAAUCGAUACCGUGUUCAAUAUUUUGGACAGGUUCUCCCUCAAGGAGCUUUCGCGUUCCUUGAAGCCCUAUGCCCUGUCCCCUGCCCCCAACCCCAACCGCUCACGCGGUCCCAAGCCGUCACUCAUGCGUCGGCUGACCGGCCUGGUCACCGUGCCCGGCCUGGGGCUCCUCACGACAUCGUUCACCGGCCGGACGAACGUCGCCAUCGUCGAGCGGACCUGGGGUCUGCUGGCGACGACACCCUCGCGACAGCCGCAGGCGUAUGGGCCCAACUUCAGCUUCAGGGAGUACAUGCGGGCACCCAGUCGACUGCGGGGGUUCGCGAUGCACCUCGCUUUCGCGCUGGGUGGCCUCAUGCUCGUGAUGACGCCGUCGCCGCUCAGGCGCCUGGCCCGACGCUUUCUCACCCAGCCUGGUCAGGGUAAGAGUCGAGAGGAGGGCGCGCGCGAGAGCCUCCAGUUGCGGGCAGUCGCCGAUGCGGAUACGACGGCCGAAGCUGCUAAGCGGGCGUAUUGCGAAGCCCGGUUUCAAGGGAGCAUGUAUCACCUCACUGCGAUCAUUCUCGCCCAGGCAGCUCUAAGUAUUCUGGAAGACUAUGCCGACUUGCAGCUUGGGGGCGGAAUCUACACUCCAGCUUGCCUUGGGCAGCCCUUUAUCGAGCGACUCAACAAUGCGGGCUUCAGAUUUGAAGCUAAAAUCAGCACGUCCUGA